AUGGCUGCGUCCGCGCUGCUCAAGAGCCGGUGCCGGCGACCCAGCUAUCUCAACAAGCUCGCCAAGGCCGAGGAUCUCAUCGAUCUGUUCCCUCACGGCUCGUACAUUGGCUGGUCGGGCUUUACGGGUGUAGGAUAUCCAAAGAAAGUGCCGACCGCUCUGGCUGACCACGUCGAGAAGAACGGGCUACAGGGGAAGCUCAAGUACAAUCUCUUCGUGGGAGCGUCGUCGGGCGCCGAAACCGAGAACCGAUGGGCUCGACUGAACAUGAUCGAGCGCCGGGCGCCUCACCAGGUCGGCAAGGAGAUCGCAAAGGGCAUCAACAAUGGCAACAUCAAGUUCUUCGACAAGCAUCUCAGCAUGUUCCCCGUCGACCUGAUGUACGGCUUCUACACCAUGCACAAGGCCAACAACCGGCUGGACGUGGCCAUCGUCGAGGCCUCCGCCAUUACUGAAGACGGAGGCAUCAUCCCCGGUGCCAGUGUGGGAGCCUCGCCGGAAAUCAUCCAGAUGGCCGACAAGAUCAUCAUCGAGGUGAACACUGCCGCCCCGAGCUUCGAGGGUCUGCACGAUAUCACCAUGACAGAACUACCCCCACGAAGAAAGCCAUACCUGAUCAUGGCGCCCGAGGACCGUAUCGGUACACCACACAUCCCCGUCGACCCAGAACGGGUGGUGGCGAUUGUCGAGUCCGACUAUCCCGACCAGACGACCGAGAACGCGCCCGAAGAUGAGAAGUCGCAAGCGAUCGCCAGCAACCUGAUCGAGUUCUUGCAGCACGAAGUCAAGCACGACCGCCUGCCUAAGAACCUGCUACCGAUCCAGUCGGGGAUUGGAAACAUUGCCAACGCCGUCAUCGGCGGUCUAGCUAAAGGCGGCGCCGACUUCAAGAACCUGAAAGUCUGGACUGAAGUGUUACAAGACUCGUUCCUCGACCUGUUCGACAGCGGCAACCUGGACUUCGCGACCGCCACGUCCAUCAGAUUCUCGCCCGGCGGGUUCCAGCGUUUCUACGACGGGUGGGAGAACUACCACUCCAAGCUGCUACUGCGGUCGCAACAAGUCUCCAACUCGCCCGAGAUCAUCCGCCGGCUGGGCGUGAUUGGCAUGAACACGCCCGUCGAAGUCGACAUCUACGCCCACGCCAACAGCACCUGUGUCAUGGGCUCGCGCAUGCUCAACGGUCUCGGCGGCUCGGCCGACUUCCUCCGUAAUGCCAAGUACUCGAUCAUGCAUACCCCCAGCACGCGACCGUCCAAGACCGACCCUACGGGCGUGAGCUGCAUCGUGCCCAUGUGCACGCACGUCGACCAGACCGAACAUGAUUUGGAUGUUGUGGUGACUGAGAUUGGUCUUGCUGAUGUUCGUGGAAUGUGUCCGCGCGAACGGGCGCGCGAGAUCAUCAAGAAAUGCGCCCACCCAGACUACAGACCCAUUCUGCAGGAAUACUUCGACAAGGCCGAGUAUGAGUGUCUGAAGAAGGGUAUGGGCCAUGAGCCGCAUUUGCUGUUCCAGGCCUUCGACAUGCACAGGAACCUGGCUGAGAACGGAACGAUGAAGAUCAAGGGCUGGAAAUAG